GCUGUCACACUGCAGUCCACCAGACGGUAAAGACAACGGUGGAAUUGCAAGGUUGAAUGUGCUUUCUACAGUCACAACAGUUCGGUUAAUGUGGUGUACUCGAGAUCCUCUGUAACUACGUCGUUAGUAACUACUAUCCGUGCACUGGUGCUCUCGCGAAAUCAAAGGAAGUUCCUCCGUAUUAACUUUCCUUAUCCACCGAAUUCGUAAACUAUCGUCGUAGCGGGGCUAUGUUAACGUCGGCUAACGCUAGCACGCUAACAUUAGCUAAGGUACGCUAGCCCUCGGCUCUGAACCUCAGCUCACUUAAACCCCUUAUUGCCAAGUGGGGGAAACAACUUUUCCUCUUAUAUGCAUGUAAUACGUUUUGCAACAGGUAGGCCGUUUUUCAGUCAUGUUAAUGCGGCAUAUAGAGAUAAAAAACGGUGUGUUUUUUCCUAUUGAACACUGCAUCCGUCGACUUGGAUGAGUUGUCCUGGCGAGUUUUGUUAAUAAAUAGCGAGGCUCACGAUCCAUCUGCCGAAAGGGGGCCGAAUGCCGCAGGUUUUGGAGACUGUCAGAGCCCGAUCUGAACCGACCAUGUUGGAUCACACAGAGUAGAGUCCGAUCCCCGGCUGGCUCAUCGACACUAAUACGCAUGGAAGAAUACACGAGGACUGCAGCCUCUUAUUUGAUAUAGUCUUUUUUUUUUAUAUAGUUUCACAAAAGUUCAGUUUUCCAGUUCACGCCUAAAAAUGUCGGCUAUCUCUGCAUCAGAGAAAGUGGACGGUUUCACCAGGAAAUCUAUGAGGAAGGCCCAGAAACAGAGAAAAUCCCAAGGGUCUUCCCAAUUCAGGACCCAGAGCGCCCUGGUGGAGCUGUCGCCUCUGCCUCAGCUCAAAGAUGUUCCAUCCACUGAGCAGCAAGAGCUGUUCACCCAGAAGCUUCAGCAGUGCUGCAUGCUCUUUGACUUCAUGGAUUCCGUCAUAGACCUGAAGAGCAAAGAGAUCAAGAGGGCCACCCUCAACGAACUGGUGGAAUAUGUCUCCACCAACAGGGGGGUACUGGUCGAGACCGCCUACCCAGAGAUCACUAGUAUGAUCUGUACGAAUAUAUUCCGGACCCUUCCACCCAGUGACAACCCGGACUUCGAUCCUGAGGAGGAUGAGCCGACCCUGGAGGCUUCAUGGCCGCACAUACAACUGGUUUAUGAAUUUCUUCUGCGUUUCCUGGAGAACCCGGACUUUCAGCCAAGCAUCGCCAAGCGGUACAUUGACCAGAAAUUUGUACUUCAGCUGCUGGAGCUGUUUGACAGCGAGGACCCGCGGGAAAGGGACUUCCUCAAGACCAUCCUGCAUCGGAUAUACGGGAAGUUCCUGGGCCUGCGGGCCUUCAUCAGGAAGCAGAUCAACAACAUCUUCCUGCGGUUCAUCUAUGAGACUGACCACUUCAACGGAGUGGCUGAGCUCCUGGAGAUCCUUGGAAGCAUCAUCAACGGCUUUGCCCUGCCUCUGAAGGCGGAGCACAAACAGUUCCUGAUGAAGGUGCUCAUUCCAAUGCACACCGCCAAGGGACUGGCCUUGUUCCAUGCACAGUUGGCCUACUGUGUGGUCCAGUUCCUGGAGAAGGACCCUACCCUGACUGAGCCGGUCAUACGUGGGCUAUUGAAGUUUUGGCCUAAAACCUGCAGCCAGAAAGAGGUGAUGUACUUGGGGGAGAUCGAGGAGAUCCUGGACGUCAUUGAGCCCACGCAGUUCAAGAAGAUCGAGGAGCCCUUGUUCAAGCAGAUCUCCAGAUGUGUGGCUAAUCCCCACUUCCAGGUGGCCGAGCGGGCGCUCUACUUCUGGAACAACGAGUACAUCCUGAGCCUGAUCGAGGAGAACAUCGACCAGGUCCUGCCCAUCAUGUUCGGCAGUCUGUACAGGAUCUCUAAAGAGCACUGGAACCCGACAAUUAUCUCGCUGGUGUACAACGUGCUGAAGACGCUGAUGGAGAUGAAUAGCACGCUCUUUGAUGAGCUCACGGCCUCCUAUAAAGCGGACCGGCAGCGGGAGAAGAAGAAGGAGCAGGAGAGGGAGGAGCUGUGGGAGAAGCUGGACGAGCUGCAGAUCAGCCACUCCGGCCUGGCCCACAGCAACAGCCACAUGCUCCACAACGCCAACGCCAACAACAACAAUGUCAACAACAACAACAACCGAGGCGGCGGCGGCCCCCCGGACGCAGCCCAGAACGAGGACAUGGAGGUGGACGCGCCGGCCCCCGCAGUGCCGGCCGAGGGCCCCCCGGGGGUCUAUUGACCCAGGACUCCUACUGCUUCAUAUAUAUUUUCCUAAUACCUGACGGUUUGACACCGUGGACGGGCUGUAAGGUUGGGGGGAGGGGGUUAAGGAGUGGAAUUAUGGGGGUGGGGGGGGGGGGAGGGGACAAUGGUGAGACCUCAGCAGUAUAUGAUGUAGAGCGACUUGUAAUGGCAGCAACCCCUGGGCAGAAAAAAAAGAUAUAUUUCAACUUGAAAUUAUUUUUGGAUGUUACAGUGUGGCUACAGUAUAUAAUUAUUAUUUUUUUGUCUGAUCUGAGAUUUAUCCUUUCACAUUUAGUUUCUUAACAGAGAAAAGAUUUUUUUUGUGAUAUUCAGUGUAUGGUUAUAUAGGAUUAUGGGAUGGGGGUUAUAAUGACUUGAACUGAUCAUAUGAGCAGCAGUUUGAAUGCUGAAUUUGCCAUUUUUAAGAUUGUGUCUAUUUUCUUUCCAUGUGUUUCCCAAUCUGCUUCAAAUGACUAAAAACCUUUUAGGGAAGAAACAAGGCACAACCCUAGAGUGUCUGGGACCAGAGAUCAAGAGUAUUGGUGUAAAUAGAAGAGGGGGCACGACCUAACCUCAGAAAAACAGAAACAAAAAAAAUCUAACUAUACAGAGCAGCGUUUAGUGUCCAAUCAGUUAUGAAUGGGGUUGAAUGCAACCGGUUUGUAGGACUCAGUUAUCUAUGAUUAUGACUGGAGCUGUAGAAGUUAAUCUUGUUCAGCGUCUCUGAGUGAGACAUUAAAGGAUGUUAGUAUUC